CACAACUGAACCGUUUCACAUGUUGCAACGUAAGUGCAACACCAUGUGCAGGGGACAAAACAUUUACCAGUGGGGUUCUCGGGCAAUCUUUGAUAAAAGACCGAGGUUCCCAUUUUAGACUCUGCUGAAAUAAAUUGUGCCAUGCAGAAAGGAAGAAAGGAUUGCAUCAUGUGGAGACUUUUGCAAUUAUAGAAGAGAGUGUGUAUCGACGUGAACUGAAGUUGCCCAAGACAUGGAGAGUCACAGUCCAUAUAACGGAUCAACAUCCAUCCCGUGGAGGAGAAGCAGGAGGAAAAUGACUGUGCUGGAACUCCUUAGAGGGUGUCAGAAAGCCUGGUGCCCAGCUGCGCCCUGGGAUAGAGCGCAGGCCCGUUCAGCCCUCUCUGGAACACCCGCUGGGAGUUUUGUGGUGGUGAGAGAUUGUGUGACAUCGCUGCCCAGCUUCCUGUGUGUGUCUUCGGGAGGAGACGAUGAAGCUCUUCUUGAGUAUAAUAUUUCAUGCACAGCCAAAGUUUUUCAGCUGUCGGAGUCUCGUCUUUUUUUCUCUGACUUGGCUCAAAUGGUGUUUUUCUACUCUUUGACCAGAGAUGUGUUGGCUUGCUGUCUAAGAAUUCCUCAUUGGAUGGACAACUUGGCCCAGAGCAACGAAGAUCGUCUUUCUCAGCUUGAACCCCAAACCUGGCUCAGCACACCACCUCAUCAAAUGUCUGAUGAAAUGACGCACAUGAAGCCAAAUAACAUAAUGUGCUCCAUACAGUUGACCUCCACCAAUGGUGCAGUGUGUGUCAUCAAUCCGCUCUAUCUUCAUGAACACGGCGAUGACUGGCUUUCCCAUCAGGCGACUGGUUUGCAGUACGCCACACCGACGUCAAAUUAUAGACGAGAACGACGCCUCAGUUCUACUCGGACGUGGGCCGGAGCGAGCCUCAUGAGCAAACGAGCCAUUUCCUUUGACCAAGAACCUUCAUUUGCCAAUACUGAAUGCUCAGGACUAACCCGAGCCAAAUCAGAAGAGUCCACCGCUACAAUACCAUCUGUUCAAGGCGGAGUUGUCCUCAGGCGUUCCAGCCAAAGUUCCACAUCCAGCCUUUCCAAGAGAGCCAGCACAGGGAGCAUACCUCGUUCCACUGAGCUGCCGAGCAGUGGCAAUCCGAGCCCUCAGACCCCCCACAGGGUUUCCUGGAUCGAGGAUGGAUUGUGGCUGCACAGGCCGCACUCCUUGCUCCAGCUUCCAUCACCCGAGCUCGACUCGCUGUCCAUCAGCAGCAUUGAAGAAGAGCAGGAAGAUGAGUCGCCGAGCCCCACCAAGCAGAACCCGUCCACACAGAGCCUGGCCGACAAAGUCAUGUAUCGCCUCUCGGCAGUGGGCCAGGCUCUCGGCAGCUUGGUAUGUCAGAAGAAGUGGCUGACCCACCGCGUGCUAGAGCUGAGCAAGAAGAAACGCGGCUUGUUUGCAGAUGCCGUUAGAGAAUUUGUGGAGGUGACGCUGCAGAGAGCAACUGAUCCCGGGGCCUUAACGGGGUCAGAGUUCUUACAGGAAGUGAGGUCAUCACUCACUUUGCUGAGAGAGACUCUCUUGGACUACCCCGAUAUCCAGGCACUGCUGGACAGUAUGACCGACCUUAGUGAUUCCGAGAUAGACUCCCUGGUAGAGAUGUCAGUGCAUAAGGUGGCCCUUAAGCCUGUGUCGGCUCACAUCUACUCUUGCAUUCAUAUCUGCCGCACCAAUGACGGCAGUCUGCAACGGUUGGAGAGCAAACAACAUGUUCUGGAAGACAACGGCGUGGAGGCGCUGGGAGGAGCGGCUGGAGUUGGAGUUCCUGACUCAGUCACUCUUGAGCGGAUCCAGCAAAGGUGGUUGAGGAUGCACGAAGCCUACUCCCCAAACAAGAAGGUCCAUAUCCUGCUCAAAAUCUGCAAGAGUAUCUACCACAGCAUGAGUGCCAGCGCCAGCUCAGAUGUGGUGUUUGGAGCUGAUGAUUUCCUGCCUUGCUUGACAUGGGUACUUUUGCGCAGUGAACUGGUCAAUUUGCAGGUAGACACCGACUACAUGAUGGAGCUACUGGACCCCACGCAGCUGCAGGGAGAAGGUGGCUACUACUUGACAACCCUUUACGCCGCUCUCUACUACAUCAGCAGCUUCAAGCCACGCUUGGCCGCCCGUCAGCUUAGCGUGGAAGCCCAAAACUCUCUCAGCCAAUGGCAUCGCAGGCGCACCCUGCACAGCAACCAAUCCCGUCACAGUAUGCACCGACGGACCAUUCGCAGACAGAUGUGUCCUGAGGAGUCAGUGCAGGCUUCCGUGACAGAGAGUUCAGAUGUAGAAGAAAGUGGAAAAGAUGAGCCACAGCGGGAGGCAGAGAGCGACGCAGAGACUGAAGGUGAACUCACUGAGCAGCAGCAUGGACAGGAUGCAGACCAGGACACUGAAUGAGGAUUGGAGGAAGAAAGGGCAUAAGAUUAAAAAAUGGAAGACAACGUGGGCGAUGUUUGCUGAAAUUGCUUCCACAUUGGCUUCAACCACGGCUAACGACCACAUAAAGACGAACAACCAUCCACGCACACACUCACGCCUAGGGGCAAUUUAGAGUAUUCAAUCAGCCUGCCAUGCAUGUUUUUGGAAUGUGGGAGGAAACCGCAGUACCCGGAGAAAACCCACACAGGCCCGGGGAGAACAUGCAAACUCCACACAGGGAGGCCAGAGUUGGAACUGAACCUGGUACUUCUGCACCGUAAGGUCGACGCGCUAACCACUGGACCACCGAGCCGCCCGCUAAUAAUAUUAUCAUUGUUAUUGUCUGUCAUAUAUGUACAGUAAUGACAUUUGGAACCAAAUCUUUCCAAACUAUACGAAUAGCCUGUCUGACAUGAAUUAAUGAUUCCCCCUUGA